GCCUGUUCCCAAAAAACCAAAAUUCCGCCUUAUCUCAUUGGAAAGGGAGAGGAGCUUGUUGGCAACUGAGACCUGCCCAUGGGCUCUGAGCCAACAGAACCCAGAACCAGAGUCCCGUCUCUGGGCCCUAAGGACAGAUACAGAGCCAUUAACAAAACCUUCCUCAGACAGUGUGUGGGAAGGCCUGUUGGAUCAGAACCACCUGGGCACUUUAGAGGCGGGGGAACCCCUGCCUCGCCCUGUCUCUGAGCUCAUUAAAGAGAGGCUGCUGAUGCAGGAGAGGAGCCGGCACCAGGACUGGACCGGGCCAAGCCAGAGCAGAGCUGCUGCAGCACUGGAACAUGGCCAGUCAGUGAAGGUGGCGCUGAUGAAAAAGACCUUUGAUGUUCCCAAAAGGACCACUGAAAAGGAACUGGAGAACCUGCCCAAAAAAAACAUGUUCAGACGAGUCGUGCGGCAGAGUAAAUUCCGCCACGUCUUUGGCCAGGCGGUAAAAAACGACCAGUGCUACGAUGACAUCAGGGUGUCACGCGUCACCUGGGACAGCUCCUUCUGCGCCGUCAACCCCAAGUUCGUCGCCAUCAUCAUCGAGGCCAGCGGGGGCGGAGCCUUCCUGGUCCUGCCUCUGCAUAAGACCGGUCGCAUUGACAAAGCCUACCCAACCGUGUGCGGCCAUACGGGUCCGGUGCUGGACAUCGACUGGUGCCCUCACAAUGACCACGUCAUCGCCAGCGGGUCUGAGGACUGCACAGUCAUGGUGUGGCAGAUUCCUGAGAAUGGUCUGACCAGCCCCCUGUCCGAGGCGGUGGUGGUGUUAGAGGGCCACUCUAAGAGGGUGGGCAUCAUUACAUGGCACCCAACAGCCCGAAACGUCCUCCUUAGUGCAGGCUGUGAUAACCUAAUCAUCAUCUGGAACGUGGGGACAGGUGAGGCCCUGAUUCACCUGGAGGACAUGCAUCCCGAUGUCAUCUUCAGCGCUUGCUGGAACCGCAAUGGCAGCCUCAUCUGCACCGCCUGCAAGGACAAGAAGGUCCGCAUCAUCGACCCGCGCAAGGAGCAGAUCAUCGCGGAGAAGGAUAAGGCUCACGAGGGGGCACGGCCCAUGAGGGCUAUCUUCCUGGCGGAUGGGAACGUUUUCACCACUGGCUUCAGCCGCAUGAGCGAGAGACAGCUCGCCCUCUGGAACCCUAAAAACAUGGACGAGCCCAUUUCAGUCCACGAGAUGGACACUAGCAACGGUGUUCUGCUCCCGUUCUAUGACCCUGACACCAACGUGGUUUACCUUUGCGGCAAGGGUGACAGCAGUAUCCGGUACUUCGAGAUCACGGACGAGGCACCAUUCGUGCACUACCUCAACACCUUCAGCACCAAGGAGCCCCAGAGGGGCAUGGGCUACAUGCCCAAGAGGGGCCUGGAUGUCAACAAGUGCGAGAUUGCAAGGUUUUACAAACUACACGAGAGAAAAUGUGAGCCCAUCAUCAUGACUGUGCCCAGAAAGUCGGACCUGUUCCAGGACGACCUCUACCCCGACACCGCAGGGCCGGACUGGGCACUUGAAGCGGAGGAGUGGUUCCAGGGGAAGAACGGGGACCCCAUCCUCAUCUCCCUCAAGCACGGCUAUGUCCCUGGAAAGAACCGCGACCUCAAGGUGGUCAAGAAGAACGCUCUGGAGAACAAACUGACCAAGAAGGCCGAGAACACAACCCCGGUACACAAGCAGGGGUCCACCACCCCGUCAAUUCAGGGUGAAGGUAGGCUGGAUGACCUCCUUAAAGAGUUGCGAACACUGAGAGACCUGGUGACCAUGCAGGACAGGAGGAUCGCUAAACUGGAGGAGCAGAUGUCCAAGAUCGCCAUCUGAGGCCCCUCCCUCACACUCACACACUAUUCAGGACUAUCCAUUGGCUGGGAGAGGCUUGGGUGGGCAGGGCCAGUCACUGCCAAGCCUGACGACAGCAUUCCGCCUGGAGCCCGCCUAGCAACGAUCCCUAGCAACAUUCCAAGAAGAUUUUUUUUUUCUUGUCUGCCCCCUGUAUACACACACAUGUACACACACAUGCACUAAA